AUGGCGGCUGCGUCAACCACCCCGAGCAAGCUGCGCCUCCUGGCCAUCGUGCAGUCGCGCGCGGAUGACUCCGAGAGCACCGGCUGCCGUGGAGAAGAAUCGGCUCCCGAGCCGGCCACGCUUGCUGAGGAAGAGGAAGAGGAGGAUGAGAGUGCCCAUGGGGACGCCGAGGACUCCGACCCUCUCGUCCCUGAGGUCAACACUUCGCGCCCCACGCCGCCGGAGCUUGUUGGGGCCUCACCCGUGGAGGAGGGCACAGUGCUGCCCGACCCCUGCCCGGAGGAGGAGAAGCAGGGCGAAGAGGCAGGCGCGGCUGGCCCUACCGAUCAAGGUCUCGAGCGCUUGGAGCGCGCGUCCAAGAGCCGCCCACGGCGGCGCUCGGCCAGCCUGAAGGCCUCAGAGCAGCGCGUUACGGCGUCCAGGCCGGCCCCGAAAGCAAUGUGGGCCACGGUCCAGCUCCAGGAUCACCCGCUAUGGACGAUGGAGAUGAACCAAGAGAAUGGGAAGAGUUGGCUGAACAACCCCUUCGCGGCUGACCUUUGCCUCAUGGUGGGCAGAAGGUAUUUCUUCAUCCAUCGGCCUUUGGUCGCGGACUGGAGCGACUACCUGUGCUCAUUGCUUGAUCCAACCCCUGGCUUUGAAUCCCCCGGCUUCACUUUGCACCUGCCAGUGGCCGAUCCGGAUGCGCUGGAGGGGCUACUUCGCUGGAUGUACACCGGCGAUCCGGAGGUGCUGUCUUCUGACAAAAUCUUCGGGCUGAUCCCAGUGGCAGAUUAUCUCGGGAUGCGCAAGCCUUUUUGGGAGGAGCUUUACAAGGCCGUCGCCGACAUGUGGGAAGCUUCUGGGUCCGAGACUUGGCUGGCGUCUUUCACGAAGCACAUCGAGCGCGUUCCCGUUUCUUGCAGCCUGGAGAUCGUGCAUCGGUGUGGGGCAACGAAGCGGAGCAUUCCACCCGACCUUCUUCUGUCAUUGCUCCUUCAAGUUGCGGACGCAAGGCAGAACGGGGACGAGUGCAAGCCAUUGGCUGAGCCCGUCAACAAAGCGGUUCCGCUGUGCAAGCACGAAACCAUCCAAAUGAUGGCCGAAAAGUACACCAGCAGCUUCGACGCGCUUGUGCGGCCGAGCAAACUCUGCAUUCGGCAGGGGCAGAAGCGCAAAGCCUUUCACAGGGUUUGUUCGAGGUGCCAUUUAAAUUUUGCAAAUGGAGAAGAAGCUGCUGCAGCACCUUGUCGUGAGACUGUCUUGACUCACUCAGAAGACACAUUCCACUCAAAGGCAGGCAACCUUUGCUGCUGCAGAUGCCGCAAGCCCCUGAGUCAGUACGAUCCCAGGUGCUCCCAGCUGGUAACGCGUAGCUUCCACAAUCUUGUCGACUGGACCGAGCGUUAA